AUGUUUAGAGUUUUCUCUAAAUUCAAUGCAUUAUUUGUUAGACCAAAGAUUCGUGGUGCAAUUCAAGAAUAUCAAACUUUGCUUUUGGAAUCUGUUAAAGAUGAUAUUGCAAAACUUCAAGUUAAAUUUACUGAACAAUAUCGCAAUUCACAAGCAAAUCAUAUGGCUCAACUUCGUGAUUUGCCUUCUAUUUCUGGUGCUAUGAUUUGGGCCCGUCAAAUAGAUCGUCAAUUACAAACUUACAUGAAACGUGUUGAAGAUGUUUUGGGUAAAGGAUGGGAAUUGCAAAAAGAUGGUGAACAAUUGCAAAAGAAAAGUAAUAAUUUCAAAAAGAAAUUAGAUACUAGACCGAUUUUUGAAGCAUGGCAAGCUGAUAUUAGUAAUCGUCGUGAUUUGAAUAUUAGUGGUAGAUUAUUUGAGAUUACAAAAAACCGAGCACAGGGUCAAUUACAACUUGGUGUUAAUUUUGAUCCACAAAUUAUUACAUUGUUUAAAGAAGUUCGUAAUUUACUUUGGUUGGAUCAUCAAGUUCCACAUAAUAUUAGCAGUCUUGCAAAAGUUGCCAAGCGUGUAUAUCCUUUUGCCGUCAGUCUUAUGGAAACAGUAAGGACUUAUGCACAAACUGUACAAAAGGCCAAAGAGCACCCUGAAAUCAUUAUGCUAGUUGCUAGUUAUCGUAAUGAUGUACAAGCUCAGAUUACUAAGGGAAUAAAUCAUGAGUGGCUUUAUUUUGUAGAAACUUAUGAUCGUCAUUUUCAUCCUAACAUUGGUUCUAUGGAUUCUCAUGAAAAUCAACACGUAACUUUUGUCAGAGAAUUUGCAAAGCAAGUAUCAAUAUUCCAAGAUAAAGUUGAUGCAUUGAUUACUACUUAUGAAGAUAUUUCUAGAUAUAUUGAUGAAUUAAAAACAUGUCCAUAUAAAAAGAAUAAAUUCCAAGGAAAUCUAGAUAAAAUCCAAAAGCUUGUUGACAGACUUAACUUAGAAUCUUAUUCAAAUCUUAAAUCUUGGGUUUCAGAACUUGAUCAACGUAUUGAAACAGUUCUGGCUCAACGUUUAGAAAAUGCUAUUACUGCAUGGACAAAUGAAUUCAUGAUUGCAGGCGAUGAUUCUCCUAAUGCAAGAGAAUCAACAGGACGUGAAGUUGUUUCCAUAAGUGGUAAAAUUGUCAAAAAAGCUAAACGUCGUGCCACUAAAAGUGAUUCUAUUGAUGGUGAAAAAACACUGCCUACUAAAUUAAUCGAGAAACCUGAUCUUGAAAUUUCUGUUCAUGAGGUCCGUAUUCGUAAUCAAGUAAUAUACCUUGACCCACCAGUUGAAGAAGCUAGAGCUAAUUGGUAUAACCAAUUACAUGAAUGGCUUGCAAUCGUAUGUAAUUUACCAAGAAUUCAAAGUUCUCGAUAUGAAAUUUAUUUACAAGUCAACGGGUCUGCUCCCAAUGAAACUAGUUAUUCUGAUUUAUUAACUCAAAUUCCUGAAGCUGCUCUUAAAAAAGCUUAUGAUGUUGUUGAAGAAAAAUUAAAAGAAAUGAAUGAAUACGUUAAUAUUUGGUUUCAGUUCCAAUCUUUAUGGGACUUGGAAGAUAAUCAGGUUUAUUCAUAUCUUGGCGACGAUCUUGAGAAAUGGCAAAAAAUCCUUACAGAAAUUCAAAAUUCUCGAUCAACUUUUGAUAAUCCUGAGACGUCAUGUUCAUUUGGUCCCAUAGUUGUCAAAUACGAACAAGCACAAAACAGAGUUAAUGAAAAGUAUGAGAGAUGGCAACGUGACGUUCUCAAUAAAUUCAGCACUAAACUUGGAGAAUUUAUGCGAGACUUUAAUGCUUCUAUUUCUCAUGCUCGUAGUGAUCUUGAAAAUCAAAGAAUGGAAAGCAACGGUACAGGUGAAGCGGUUAACCUGAUCACAUUUGUACAAGAUCUUAAACGUAAAGUUACAAAAUGGGAUCAAGAUGUUGAUUUAUUUCGUAAAGGUCAAAAAACUCUUAUUAGACAAAGAUAUCAAUUUCCUAGUGACUGGUUGUAUGUUGAACAAAUUGAAGGCGAAUGGAGUGCUUUUAAUGAAAUUUUAACAAGAAAGAAUAGCGCAAUUCAAGAACAAAUUGAUGGGUUACGAGAAAAAGUAGUUAAAGAAGAUAAAAUCAUUGAAACUAAAAUUAAAGAGAUUGAUGUAGAAUGGAAUAAUAGUAAACCAAUUCAAGGAGAUAUCAAACCAGAUGUUGCUAUCAAUCUUCUUAGAGUUUUUACGACACGUGUUACUAAACUUAAUGAAGAAUAUGGCAUGGUUUGUCGUGCUAAAGAAGCUCUUGAUAUGGCAUUGUCGCCUGAAGACAAACUUGAUAAUAUUCUUGAAGAACUUGAAGAUCUUAAAACAGUCUGGGAAGCUUUAGCAAACAUUUGGCAGAAAAUUAACGUUCUCAGAGAAAAAUUAUGGACAUCUAUUUCUCCACGUAAAAUCAGACAAGAAUUGGAUCAUUUUAUCGCUGAAACCAAAGAUUUACCAAGUCGUGUCAGAACUUAUGCUGCAUUUGAUUUUACUCAGGAUACAUUAAAAGAAUACAUUAAAGUUAAUCCAAUUCUUUCUGAACUCAAAUCAGAAGCAUUGAAAGAUCGUCAUUGGAAACAAUUGUUUAAAGCAUUGCGCGUUGAAAAACAUUUCCUUUUGCCUGAGAUGACUGUUGGUAAUGUUUGGGAAUUGGAUCUUAAAAAGAAUGAUCAAAUUAUUAAAGAUAUUGUCACUCAAGCUUCAGGUGAAUUGGCUCUUGAAGAAUUCUUGAAACAGGUCAAAGAAACAUGGACAAGUUAUAUUUUAGAAUUAGUUAAUUAUCAAAAUAAAUGUCGUUUGAUCAAAGGUUGGGAUGAUUUAUUCACUAAAUGUGGUGAACAUUUAAAUUCCUUGACUGCAAUGAAAAUGUCACCUUACUAUAAAACAUUUGAGGAAGAGGCUGCUGGUUGGGAAGAUAAAUUGAAUAGAAUUCAUCUUUUAUUUGAUGUUUGGAUUGAUGUGCAGCGUCAGUGGGUUUAUCUUGAGGGUAUUUUUAGUGGUAGUGCUGACAUUAAACACUUAUUGCCUGUUGAAUCACAAAGAUUCCAAAAUAUAGAUACAGAAUUUUUAACAGUAAUGAAGAAAGUGUACAAAUCACCAUAUAUAGUUGAUGUAUUAAAUAUUCAAAAUGUGCAAAAAUCAUUAGAACGUUUGGCGGAUCUACUGAGUAAAAUUCAAAAGGCUCUUGGCGAAUACCUUGAACGUGAACGUUCUUCAUUUCCUCGGUUCUACUUUGUUGGGGAUGAGGAUUUACUUGAAAUUAUUGGUAACAGUAAAGAUGUUUUAAGAAUCCAAAAACACUUCAAGAAAAUGUUUGCUGGUAUUUCCAAUAUUUUGUUAAAUGAAGAUAACACAAUAAUUACUGGCAUGGCCUCACGCGAAAACGAAAAAGUUAUGUUUAAACACCCAAUAUCACUUAAAGAAAAUCCAAAAAUUAAUGAUUGGCUCACAUUAAUUGAAAAAGAAAUGAGAGUUUCUCUUGCUGAAUGGUUGACAGAAGCUUUUAGUAAGCUUGGCGAAUUUUAUCUUGCUGAUCAGCUAGAUACUCCAAUAUUUUUACAAUGGAUUGAUAAAUAUCCUACACAAUUGGUGGUUGUUGCAUCUCAAAUAAUCUGGACCCAAUCUGUUGAAAAAGCUUUAACAACAAUGGAACAGACUGAUCGUAAUGAUUCUACACCAUUAAACAAUUCACUCCAAUUAUGUCUUCGUGCAUUAGAUGUUUUAGCUGAUACGGUGCUUCAAGAGUUGCCACAAACCCAAAGAAAAAAAUGUGAACAUCUUGUUACUGAAAUUGUACAUCAACGUGAUCUUAUUCGUCAACUUAUCAAAAAUAAAACUUCAUCAGCGAAAGAUUUUGAAUGGUUAUAUCAAAUGAGAUUUUACUUUAAUUCUAGUUUAGAGGAUUCUUUAUCACGUUUAACAAUCAAAAUGGCAAAUGCACAAUUCCAUUAUGGUUAUGAAUAUCUUGGCGUACCUGAUCGUUUAGUACAAACACCUCUUACUGAUCGUUGUUACCUUACUUUAACGCAAGCUUUGGAAGGAAGAUUAGGGGGGAGCACUGGCAAAUGUUGGGGAAAAGGAACCAAAUUUCUUAUGUAUAAUGGCACUGAGAAAGCCGUCGAAGAGAUCGUGGUUGGCGAUAAACUUAUGGGGGAUGAUAGUACAGCUAGAAACGUUCAUUCAAUAACUCGUGGUGUUGGUCAAAUGUAUAAGAUUGUUCCUAAUAAAAAAUCACCAGCUGAACCAUUUACAUGUAAUGAUGAACAUAUUUUAGUACUUGUAAUUUCCGAGAAACCAAAUGUACGACAUGAAAACUCUGCAAAUGGUCCAUGUUACAAGAUUAGAUGGUAUUCUCAUGAUCCAACUACGAAUUGUAUUAAACUUAAUCAGAAAACAUUCAAAUAUGAAUUGGAUAAUUCAAUUGAUAAAAAAAUCAAACAAAACCAAGCCUUUUCUUACUGUUCUCAAGUUCCUGAUCUGACUAAUGGUGAAUUCAAAUGGGAAGUUAGUAUUAAAGAAUUUUUGAAUCAUAAAAAAUCAAUUCAAAAAGCUUGUAGAAUGUACAAACCUUCAGAAGUACAUUUCUCGACAUUAAAUGGUAAUUUCAAAAAAGUUCUUGAUGAUGUAAUUGGUUUCGAUUCAACAGAUGAACAAGUCAAAUCAUUUGCAUGGCUUAUUGGUGCAUGGAUUGCUGGUGGAUUUGAGAAAUCAGUUUCCACUUCUGCGAAAAUUGUAAAAAAUGACAUGACCAAUAAGUUAGAAGAGUGUGGCAAGUUUCUCGGAUUGAAACUUGAAUUUUAUAGGUAUAACAAUGAAUUGUAUGGUGGAGCAAUUAAAAUUUAUAACAAGUUCCUUAAUGAUCAAAGCUGUUUCGAAAAACUAUUGAGAAAAUUAAAUAUUUUAAACAAAAAAAAUAUUCCAACUGAAAUGAUAAUGGAUGAUAUUGAAACAGUUCGUUUGCCACUUCUUGGUGGUCUUCUUGACACAAGUAGCUAUUAUGUUGAAGGCAGAGAAUUCUUGUUUGAUAAGGAAAGAAGACAUAUUGCAGAGUCUGUUGCCCGUAUUGCCAAUCUUUCAGGUUUCUGUGUAAACAACUUGAAUUUAAUUAAAGAUGAAAGAAGCCCUUUAUGUGAAUUAAAAAAUAACAACAUGACAAACGAUAAUGAUAUCAAUUUAUUUAUUAAUGGUGGUGAUAUGAAAAAAAUUCCAUCAAUUAUUAUUAAUAAUAAUAAUCAAUGCAAGUUACAAAUUCUUGAUAAUUCAUCUGUUGGUGAUUACGCUUGGGAAUUCAUGAUCGAAACGUUAGAAAAUGAUAGUUAUUAUGGAUUUACUGUAGAUGGAAAUCGUAGAAUGCUUCUUCGUGAUUUAACAGUCACUCAUAAUACUGAAUCUGUCAAAGCGCUUGGUGUACAACUUGGUAGAUUUGUUCUUGUAUUUUGCUGCGACGAAAAUUUCGAUUUCCAAGCUAUGGGUCGUAUCUUUGUAGGUCUUUGUCAAGUAGGAGCAUGGGGAUGUUUUGAUGAAUUCAAUCGUUUGGAAGAAAGAAUUUUAUCAGCCGUAUCACAACAAGUACAAACAAUUCAACUUGGCUUGAAAGCAAUAGUUGACAAUCCUAGUGCAGAAGUAGAAAUUGUAGGGAAGAAUCUUAGAGUCAAUUCAAAUACUGGUAUAUUUAUUACAAUGAAUCCCGGAUAUGCUGGUCGAUCUAAUUUACCCGAUAACUUGAAGAAGUUAUUUAGAAGUAUUGCCAUGACAAAACCAGAUCGUGAACUUAUAGCACAAGUGAUGUUGUAUUCUCAAGGUUUCCGUACAGCUGAAAUUUUAGCAUCAAAAGUAGUACCAUUAUUCAAUCUUUGUGCUGAACAAUUGUCACCACAGGCACAUUACGAUUUUGGUCUAAGAGCUUUGAAGAGUGUACUUGUCAGUGCUGGUAAUUUAAAACGUGAACGCCUUCAAACUUUAAGAGGAUUGAUUAAGUCUGGUGAAAAGGACUCUUCAGAAAAUAUUAAGAUCUCUGAACCAAUACCUGAACAAGAAAUUUUAAUUCAAAGUGUUCGAGAAACUAUUGUUCCUAAACUAGUUGCAGAUGAUAUUCCAUUAUUAACCAGGUAUGCAAGUAUUUAUUUAAUCCCAGACCAUCUUACAGCUGAAAUUAAAAAUGUGUGUGAAGAAAAACGUCUUCUUGAUGGCCAAAUGUGGAUGGAAAAAGUGCUUCAACUUUACCAAAUUCAAAACAUUCAUCAUGGUUUGAUGAUGGUGGGCCCAUCUGGAUCUGGAAAAUCAUUAGCUUGGAAAGUUUUAUUGGAAGCAUUAGGUCGUGUAGAAGGUGUUGAAGGAAUAUCAUAUGUUAUUGAUCCAAAAGCAGUUUCAAAAGAUGCUCUUUAUGGUAAUUUGGAUCAUACAACUCGUGAAUGGACCGAUGGUCUUUUUACUCAUAUAUUGAGAAAAAUUAUUGAUAAUGUGCGUGGUGAAAAAGUAAAAAGACAUUGGAUUAUAUUUGAUGGUGAUGUGGAUCCAGAAUGGGUAGAAAAUUUGAACAGUGUAUUGGAUGACAAUAGAUUAUUGACAUUACCUAAUGGUGAACGUCUGGGUUUACCAGGAAAUGUAAGAAUUAUGUUUGAGGUAGAAAAUUUGAAAUAUGCAACAUUAGCUACUGUUAGUCGUUGUGGUAUGGUAUGGUUUAGUGAAGAGAUUGUAACACUUAAGAUGAUCUAUAGUAAUUAUUUGGAAACUCUUAAAAAUAUGCCAAUGGAUGAUAAUGAAGAAGAUGGUAUAACAACUAUAAGAAGAAGCGAUAGCGCUGAAGAAAACAAUUCACCACACAUGGGUACUCAGCGUGCUAUUGCCGCUAUACUUUCUAAACACCUUACUGACGAUGGACUGGUUACUAAAGCUCUUGAAUAUGCAGAAAAAUUGGAACAUAUUAUGGAUUUCACAAGGAUGCGUGUAUUAACAACUUUAUUCUCAUUAUUAAACAAAACAGUAAGAAAUGUUAUUGAAUACAAUGUGCAGCAUCCUGAUUUCCCAAUGACUGCUGAUCAUAUGGAAAAUUAUGUAGUAAAACGUUUGAUACUUGGUAUUAUUUGGAGUUUCUCUGGUGAUGCCAAACUUGAGUUACGUUCAAAAUUUGGUGAUUAUAUUCGUGGAAUUGCAACAAUUGACUUACCUCCUCUACAGAAUGGAUUCUCUAUCAUAGAUUAUGACGUACAAAUUAAUAAUGGUGAAUGGGUAUCAUGGACUGGAAAAGUCCCUACAAUUGAAAUUGAAACUCAUAAGGUUGCAGAAGCUGACAUAGUUAUCCCAACAAUCGACACUGUAAGACAUGAAGAAGUAUUAUACUCGUGGCUUUCGGAGCACAAACCUUUGAUGCUUUGCGGUCCUCCAGGUUCAGGAAAAACAAUGACUCUUUUCAGUGCACUUAGAAAAUUACCUGACAUGGAAGUUGUUGGCCUCAAUUUCUCAAGCGCCACAACUCCUGAGCUAAUUCUUAAAACUUUUGAACAAUAUUGUGAAUAUAGAAAAACAUUAAAUGGUGUUAUUUUAUCUCCUGUUUCAAUUGGUCGUUGGAUAGUAGUCUUCUGUGAUGAAAUUAAUUUACCUGCAACUGAUAAAUAUGGCACACAACGUGUUAUCUCCUUCCUGAGACAAUUGGUAGAAUGUGGUGGUUAUUGGAGAACCUCUGAUAAAUCAUGGGUUAGACUUGAAAGAAUUCAAUUUGUUGGUGCAUGUAAUCCUCCCACUGAUCCUGGUCGAGUUCCUCUAACACACAGAUUCCUUCGACAUGCACCUUUGAUUAUGGUUGAUUAUCCUGGUGAAAUUUCUCUCAACCAAAUUUAUGGAACCUUCUCACGUGCUAUGUUAAAAGUUGUUCCAGCACUCCGUGCAUAUGCUGAAAAUCUCACUUCUUCAAUGGUAGAAUUCUAUUUGAUGUCUCAAAAAAGAUUUACACCUGAUAUUCAAGCACAUUAUAUUUAUUCACCCCGUGAAUUGACAAGAUGGAUGAGAGGUAUAUAUGAAGCCAUUAAACCUAUGGAAACUCUUUCUCUUGAAGGGUUAAUUAGAAUUUGGGCACAUGAAGCUCUUCGUCUAUUCCAAGAUCGUCUUGUUACCGAAGAUGAAAGAAAAUGGACUGAUGAAAAUAUUGAUGCGAUUGCUUUGAAACACUUUCCCAAUUUAAAUCAACCUGAUGCUUUAUCAAGACCAAUUUUAUUCUCAAACUGGUUAUCUAGAUAUUAUACCCCAGUUGAACGUGAAGAAUUGCGUGAUUAUGUCAAGGCUAGACUCAAAGUAUUUUACGAAGAAGAAUUGGAUGUUCCACUUGUAUUAUUCAAUGAUGUGUUGGAUCAUGUCUUAAGAAUUGAUCGUGUGUUCCGUCAAAUGCAAGGACAUUUGCUCUUAAUUGGUGUAAGUGGUUCUGGUAAAACCACAUUAUCCAGAUUUGUCGCUUGGAUGAAUGGUUUAAGUGUAUUCCAAAUUAAAGCUCAUAAUAAAUACACUGGUGAAGAUUUUGAUGAAGAUUUGAGAACAGUUUUAAGACGAUCUGGUUGUAAAGGUGAAAAAAUCUGUUUCAUAUUGGAUGAAUCCAAUGUAUUAGAUUCUGGUUUCUUGGAACGUAUGAAUACACUCCUGGCAAACGCUGAAGUUCCUGGAUUGUUUGAAGGUGAUGAAUUUAAUACAUUGAUGACUGGUUGUAAAGAAGGAUCUCAAAGAGAAGGAUUAAUGUUAGAUUCGCAUGAGGAAUUGUAUAAAUGGUUUACACAACAAGUAAUGAAAAAUCUACAUGUCGUAUUCACAAUGAAUCCACCAGAAGGUGGUUUAGCUUCACGAGCUGCAACAUCACCAGCUUUGUUCAAUCGUUGUGUGCUUGAUUGGUUUGGCGAUUGGUCAGACCAAGCUUUUUUCCAAGUUGGUAUGGAGUUUACUCAAAGUUUAGAUUUGGAUCUUACAAGUUACUCUCCUUCAUCCAAUUUCCCAGUUGCAUAUCGGUCAUUAUCAUUACCACCAACACAUCGUAAUGCUGUUGUCAAUGCAUUUGUUUUUGUUCAUCAAUCACUUUAUGAAAUCAAUGCCAAGUUGAGUAAACGUCAAGGAAAAUAUAAUUAUGUUACACCACGUCAUUUCUUGGACUUUAUUAAUCACUAUGUAAGAUUAUUUAAUGAAAAACGUGAAGAUUUGGAAGAACAACAACGCCAUUUAAAUAUUGGUUUAGAGAAAUUGAGAGAUACUGUGGUUAAAGUGGAAGAAUUGAAAAAGAGUUUAAGCAUCAAAGAAAAAGAAUUAAAAAUAAAAGAUAUAGAAGCCAAUGAAAAAUUGAAUAAAAUGGUUAAGGAUCAAAGAACAGCAGAAAAAAAUGAGAAAGAAUCAAGACAAAUUCAUACAGCUGUUGAAAUUCAAAAUAAAGAAAUCGAGGAAAGACGUGCUAUUGCUUUAAGAGAUAUUGAAAAUGCACAACCUGCUGUGGAAGAAGCCAAAAGAAGUGUACAAGGUAUUAGGAAAACACAACUAACUGAAGUUCGUUCAAUGGCCAAUCCACCAGAAGCUGUGAAACUUGCUAUGACAUCUGUUUGUACCUUACUUGGAUUUCAGAUUGAUGGCUGGAAAGCUGUUCAAGGAGCUAUUCGUAGAGAGGAUUUCAUUUCUAGUAUUGUAAAUUUUGAUACAGAAAAAAACAUGACCAAAAGCCUUAGAGACAAGAUGAGGAAUGAAUUUUUAAGCAAUAAAUCAUACAAUUACGAAUUGGUUAACAGAGCUAGUAAAGCUUGUGGACCUUUGGUCAAGUGGGUAGAGGCACAAGUUAUUUAUUCAGAUAUUUUAGAUCGUGUUGCGCCAUUACGCCACGAGGUUGCAGAAUUAGAAAAGAAACAAGCAGAAACAAAAGUUAAAUUGGAAGCUAUUAAUAAAAUGAUCAAGGAAACAGUGGCAACGAUUGCAGUCUAUAAAGAUGAAUAUGGUGUUAUAAUGAAAGAAUGUGGAUACAUCAAAGAUGAAAUGAUACAAGUUAAAGACAAGGUUGAUCGUAGUUUGAAACUUCUUAGUAGUUUAUCAUCAGAAAAACAAAGAUGGGAAAGCGGUAGUCAGACAUUUGAAACACAAAUGGGAACCAUUGUUGGUGAUGUAUUACUCUCUGCAGCAUUCCUUGCUUAUGGAGGUUACUUUGAUCAACAAUACCGUGAAAUUUUAUUGAACAAAUUGACAAACCACCUUAUUAGUGCUAAUAUUCAAUUUAAACAAGAACUAUCAUUGACUGAAUAUUUAUCAACAGCUGAUGAUCGCCUUUCUUGGCAAGCUAAUUCACUUCCAGCAGAUGACCUUUGUACAGAGAAUGCUAUCAUGCUUAAACGUUUUAACAGAUAUCCACUUAUAAUCGAUCCAUCAGGUCAAGCAUCUGCAUUCUUAAUGAAUGAAUUUAAAGAAAAGAAGAUUACCGUAACCAGUUUCUUGGAUGAUUCGUUUAUCAAGAAUUUAGAAAGUGCUCUUCGUUUUGGUAAUCCAUUACUUAUCCAAGAUAACUCCCCAAGUUGUAGCUUAUUCAGUAUUUGUAAUACACUUUUUUUACCUUUAAUCUCACAAAUAUUAAUAAUGAGUGAAACUGAUUGGGACAACAUUACAGUUAUUCGUAAACGUUCAGAUCAAGCAAAGGUUGCCAAAGGAGAUUCUAAUAUUAAUGCAGCUAGACGUGCAGGUGCUGUAGUAGGUGUAGAACGGAAGGGUGGAACUAAUAGAAGUCAUUCAAAUACUGAACAUCAAAAAAUAGCUAAACUUGAUCGUGACAAUGAGAAAAAUAAGAUUGAAGAGGAAAAUGAGGAAUACUGGAUAAUAUUUUGUUAUGUAUCAUGGAGCAAUGUUUGUAGAAAUUUUGAACCAGUUGUUGCUGAAACUUCCUUAAAAAAUAUAAACUUUGCAAAAAUUGAUUUAGAGAAGUAUCCAGCAGUAGCAGACGAAUAUAAUAUAUCAUUGUCACCAUCAAAUUUCGAUAUACCAACUUUACUAUUAUUAAAAAAUGGAGAUUUAAUUAGUAGAUUGCCUCAAGAUCCUGACACUAUUAUAAAUCAAAAUGAUCAAAUGAAACAACUUAAAAGUCCAUUAAUUAAAAAUAUUAAAGUUACUUGGGAUAGAUUAGGUUGGGGUCGAGACAUGUGGGAUAGUCGUGGUGAUGGUUCUGUUUGUUGUUCUCCAGUAUUGGUACCAUUAUUGAUUAAUGCUAAAUCUACUGGUCAAAGUUGUCGUUGA